AUGGAUGUUGAUUUGCGAGAUCUUCCCAUGGAUCCAGGUUUAUGUCCCCGAAUUUUAGAUUAUGAUCCUAAUAUUCAAGAUCAAAUCCAAAAAGUAUAUUUGAAAAGGGGUCCUUGUCAACCUAAAGGCCAUGAGUUUCCUUUUAGAGAUUUUGGUGGAUUUGUUGUUUCUUGGUUUGAUGAAUUUGACCAAUGGUUGGAAUAUAGUAUCGCGAAAGACGCAAAAUUUUGUCUUUGUUGCUAUCUUUUUAGGUUAGAUGUUGAUGGUAAAGGGGGUGGUGAUCACUUUGUUGGUCAAGGACACUCUUCUAAAGCACAAAUUGAGUUCCGAACUCGUUUAAAUGCUACAGCUGACUGUGUUCGUUAUCUUCUAAGACAAGGGCUCCCAUUUCGUGGUCAUGAUGAAUCCUAUGAUUCAAACAACCAAGGAAAUUUUCUCGAGCUUCUACGAUUUCUUGUUGAUUAUAAUAAAGAUGUCUAUGUUGUUGCUUUCAAGAAUGCUCCUGACAAUCUCAAAUUAACAUCACCUAAGAUUCAGAAAUACAUUGUGGCUCUUGUGGCUUUAGCAAAGAAUCAAGAUGAUGUUAAUGAUCUCCUUAAUAUUGUGGCGAUUAUAGUUAAUAUUGCUGGUGAUUCAUCACAAUGUUGCACUAUUCUUAGAAAUAAGCAAGCUAGUAAAGUUAUUGAAGCUCUUUCUAAUGGUGAACUUUCAAGUGGAAAGAGCCUCAAUCAAGAGAUAAAUCUGAAACAUGCCAAUGAUACGUGUUGGAGCUCGCAUUAUGGUACAUUAACGAGCAUAAUCUUGCUGUUCUCAUCCAUUAUCGAUGUUCUUGAAAUUGGGAUAAAAGAUGGGAUAAACUCCAAGCAAAGAUUUCGGGCAAGAAAUAUAUGA